AUGGCAAGCACCAAAAUGGCGUCGGCCACCUCCAGAUUCAUGCUGGCGGCGGGCAUCCCCAGCGGCACCAACGGCGGCGUGAGCAGCCGCGUCAGCUUCGUCCCCUCCAACCGACUGGGCUUGAAGCUCGUGGCCCGCGCCGAGGAGGAGCCCACUGCCGCCGCGCCGGCGGAACCAGCACCGGCCGCGGAGGAGAAACCGGACGCCGCCGUGGCCACCAAGGAGCCCGCCAAAGCCAAGCCGCCGCCGAGGGGACCCAAGAGGGGAACCAAGGUGAAGAUUCUGAGGAGGGAGUCCUACUGGUACAACGGGACCGGAUCCGUCGUCACGGUUGAUCAGGAUCCCAACACCCGUUACCCGGUGGUGGUGCGUUUCGCCAAGGUGAACUACGCCGGCGUGUCGACCAACAACUACGCCCUGGACGAGAUCAAGGAGGUUGCUGCUUAA